CUCGUAACUAAACAAUACCUGUAUACACCUACCCUUCACACCCAACUUUGUGCUGAAAUGUGCACAAGUCUCCAAACUUGAUAAAUUAAUUGCAGGUGACUCUUUAUCAUCAUUAAUUGCACUUCAACUCAUUACGACCGGUAGAGGUUGGUUGGUGAGGCGCAGGCAGUGAUCUGGUGCAGUGUAGACCGUUGACUGUGGUACUGUCUUGCCUAUAGGAGUACCUUCACUGAUCAUUAUGAAUACAUUUGAAAAUGUGCCAAUUGGCACUUCAGAAGCUGAAGAGGAGGAUAAUACCACGAGUCCUGUUUGUCUCGUUGUAACAUCUGGAGCCUCGCACAACUCGGAUGUGAGCCAAUCGGCAACAGACUUGUCAAGUAAACGUGACGGCAAACAGGCAGUCAAAUAUAAAAGUGGCAGUGCAAAUGGAAAUGCUUCUAACAUGAUUAAUGUUGGCAAGGAAAAGUUCCGAACAAAACAACCACUGAGCAAAGUGGUUCAGUCUCGAUUUAGGACUGCAACUACUACUUUAAGGGACAACAGUGGUGGAAGUAAUAGCAGCAGCAGCAGCAAUAAAUCCAGCAAUUCUGGUUAUAGUGGGCCAGAAAAGAAUGCUCUUAACAGUACUAUGGUCACUGGCACAUCUAAUUCAGGGAGGAAGCCGAUUCAGAAGCAAAAACCUGUGAGAUUAACACAAGUAACAAAACCCAAGGCAACUGGUCCCACUAGUCGGUCAUCGAAGUUGCUGAACGUAGCUGGAACAGUAGGUCACACUUCUGGUUUGCAGCAAGGAGCUUUGCCACAAAUUAGUCAGAGAGAGGCAUGCAAGUAUUCAGUGAUGUCUCCGAUGCAAGCUAGCAAUGCCAAAUUUCAUUCGACUGUUUUAGAUGCCACCAUGCUGUCAGAUGUAACAGGCAUAAAGGAUUGCGAUAAUGUCUUCAGCACAACAAUGAUUGGGGGGUUGGCUCCUGGUAGUAACAAGUUGGAUCUUACUGGAGCUGCUCUUCCCGAGCUUCCUGACAUAUCUGCUAUCAAGUUGGAUGGUAACAGUAGUAGAAAUAGAAGUGGAGAUACGACUGUUUUAUCAUCUGUCAGUGAGAAUGAUUUAUUGCAAAACAGUAGUAGUGGCAAUUUGCAAGAGGUGACUGCUGAAGAAAUAGAGCAGGAAUAUUUUAGGGUUCUACAAUGGGCCUACAUUAAUGUCUGCAGUGAAGAUGCUUUCAAGAUUCAACUAAGAGAUGCGCAGAUUCAGAUGAUGUUUCUGGAGCAACUAAUUGGCGAAAAGCAAUUAAAGUUAAGUGAUCGAAUUCAAAUGAAAGAUCACCUCCUCCAUCAGCAGAGAGUUAGUGAAACUCUCAAAAUUCAAAGUGAUGUACUGCAGCCUCUAAUUGAUGCUCUACCAGCAUGUGAAGAAGCAGAGACAGUAUUGAGUCGAGAAUUGGAGAAAAGCCUACACCAGGUUAAAGUGGACAAUCUCCAUGUUCCUGAGAACCAUAAAAAGUACAGAGAUCAAAUUUUGGAAACCCUUGGCACACAAAUCUCCUUGCUGCGUGAACUUGAAAGUUUGGUGGAGCCAGACACUCAUCAGUUGAAUUCCAUCAUCUCUGUGUUUGAUGAAUUGCAGAACAAAAUAAAGCAUAUUCAACAGUGUGAAUAUGAUGUACAUCAGUUAGCAAGACUUGCUGUGCAGGAAGCAUCUUUGCAAAUAGGUGCUAGGCAAGUAAACAUCUCGGCAUUGAAUCAAAUUUGAAAUCGACAUCCCGUAUAGAUUUUGACAUAUGGUACAGUAUUUACAAAAUAAUUCUGUUUGAGAAGUCCCCCAAAUAAUGGGACAGAAAUCUUGUAGGUAUUAAAAUGCAAUUUAAAGGAUCUAUAAAGACACUAAACCCUUUGAUUUUUUUGUUUUUGUUUUUUAGAGCUAUGGAACUUAGUCUUGAGAAGUCCAACUUCUCAAUCUGUUGGGUGAAAUUUACUGAGAAAGUAUCGUGUUAGAUGAAUAAUUACAAAAUAAAAUCAACCUAAUUAUAGGAGUAAUGGCACUAUUAGUAAUUUUUAUUUUUAUGAAUUGAUACUGUAAUUGGUUUUGAUUAGAUGUGAUGUUAAAUAUAUUUGUAAUAAUUUAGAAUAAAGGCCUAUAACCUAGUGACCAAAUUACAAAAAUUACUGAACUGAACAUAACUUAAAGGUAAAAUUAUAUUUGUUUUAUUAUAAACAUGGAUUACAGUAUGUGAUUCAAAAGAUUAUUAAAAUGUAUUAAUA